UAGCACUGCCAGUUGCGUUGCCUCCUUAUGCCUGUAGCACUAUGAUAUUGAUAUACAGGGUUUGAACUAUAGCUGGCGCUCUUUCAUUUUUUUCCCCCCCGUAAUUUGACCGAUUUGCAACUGAAGAAAGAAAGUUUUUUGCGGGUUACUUUCUUCAAGAAAAAGUCAAGAUGGCGGCCCCCAGACAUUCACUUCGGCGUUCAAACAGCACUGUUUCAGGGAAUAAUUUGGAUGAUACUUUUGACGACAAGAGUGAAAGUGAUGUCAGUGAUAAUUCAAUGGAUAUUUCAGAAGAUGAGGGAGAUGAUUUGAUGGAUUUUGGGAGUGAUUUUGACGGUGAAAGUGAAAAUGACGGUAACAACAGUGAUACUGUGGUCCCACUCAUAGACGUUGGUGAGAGUCCGGCCAGACAUACACCUUCACCCGCUCAUCGUCAUAGAAAACGGAGACGUAGUUGUUUUCCUCCUCCUGCCAGAGACGAUGGUGAUGGAGAUAAUUUGACAGAUAGUGAUGAUGAGGAUGAACACAAUCAAACACCACGUCCCAAGCAUCCAAGAAUGCGCAGAGCACAGGUAAAACUUUCGAGACUUGAUAUUCUUACUCCUGGUACCACUAGUACCACUGCUCCUGAAUCCCCUGAUAAUACAGUUGAUGAUGAUGAUGAUGAUGAUUAUGCACCCCCAGUACCACUGCAUCGUUAUCAGAAUGUUUCAGACACAGAUGAAGACACUGAAUCUGAUGAGAUAGACAAUGAUAGACAUGAUCAGCCUGUCCGAGGUCGUGCCCGUGGGCGUGGCCGUGGGCGAGGCGGAGCAGCCGGAAGAGGACGACGUCAAAAUCCUCAUGUAGCUCCAAAAAGAUGGGACAAGGUGAGAGAGCAUGUGCCUACAGUUCACCAAUUUACUGCUAUACCUGGACUCGCACAAAAUAUCAAAGACAAUAUGCCACAGGAUUCUACUCCUUCUGACUACUUCCAACUUUACAUUACAGAUGUACUUCUUCAGCAUAUCGUUGAUGAAACAAAUCGAUUUGCAGAUCAACUGAUUGAGUCAAAGAGAGCUAAUGGAACAUUGAAAAGGCGGUCUCGUCUAAAAAAAUGGAAACCAACAAACAGUGAGGAAAUGAAGAAGUUUUUGGGAGUAUUAUUCUUGACGGGACUAGUGAAGAAGGGGAAGUACAGUGACUACUGGUCGAGAGAAUUUUUGACUUCAACUCCAGGGUUCAGCUCGGUGUUAGGUAGGGACAGAUUUCUUUUGAUCAAACGAUGUCUACAUUUCAACGACAAUCAAGCACCUGGCUAUGAUCCUGCUGCACAAGAUCGUGAUAGACUGCAUAAGAUCAGGCCUUUCUUGAACUACAUAAAUGACAGAUGCAGAGAAGUAUUCAUUCCUACUCGCGAACUAUCGGUUGAUGAAUCAUUGGUCUUGUUCCGUGGCAGACUUAUCUUCAAGCAGACAAUAAGAACAAAACGUGCCCGCGCAGGAAUAAAGAUGUACCCUCUAUGCACAUCUGAUGGAAUAACCAUGGGGUUACGAGUCCACACUGGCACAAAUAUAGACACCAGUUACCACGAUCCUCACUACCAGUUCACAAAGUCUGAAGAAAUUACCCUGAAUCUUAUGCAACCAUACUUUGGUAAGGGCUACCAUUUAUAUACAGAUAACUAUUACACAAGUCCACAAUUAGCCGCUUACCUGGAAACCAAGCACACUCAUAUUUGUGGCACUGUCAAACACAAUAGGCAGGGUAUGCCUUCACAACAGCUGAAUGCAGAAAAUCUUGAGAGAGGACAAAUGAGUCAUUUCUUGCAUGAGGACAAGGUAUUACUUGCAGUAAAGUACCGUGAAGCAAAGGAUAGAACUACAGGGAAGCCAAAGGUUGUGCACAUGCUGACAACAAUGCACGACUGUAGCACUUUCGACACUGGUAGGCUAACAAGACGCGACCCCCCACAGCAAAUCAUCAAGCCCCAUUGUGUGUCCAAGUACAACGUAAAUAUGGGUGGUGUUGACAGAACGGACCAAAUGCUUGGACUUAGAAGCCUAUGCCCAAUGCGGAAGACUCUAAAGUGGUACCAAAAACUCUUUGUUAGAUUACUUUUGCAGAUGCAAUUGAAUGCAUACAAACUCUACAGAAGAGAGAACCCAAACAACAAGCGAUCCAUCCGUUGGUUUGCCUACGAAGUGGUGAAAUCUUGGACGCGAUCAAACCUAAACCUGCAGCAGGCUGCAGCUCCACCUCCAGCUGUACCUCCGCCUCCAGCUCCACCUCCACGCGCCCAAGAUGAAGAUGCUGUUCGCUUGAAUGGGAAACCACACAUGCCCACAUCAGUUCCAAAAACUGGUGGGCAGAAAAAAACAUCUGCACAGCGAAAUUGUAGAGUAUGCACAGCGAGGGGCCAUCGAACUUCGACAUCAACCAUGUGCAAAACAUGCGUUGCACAUUCAACAGCGAAAUCGAAACCAGGACUUUGCAUCAAAGACUGUGAACUGUGUCAACAUUCACUUGACAAAAACUGCUGGGAGGUUUGGCAUACCCAAAAGAACCUCCUAAAAAACGUCUAAAAAAAUCACUUGAAAACUACCAAAACAAAACUGAUAAGAACUUGUAUGAUGAUAUAUUGGAGUGAAUGUCAAAAUGGGGAACUGUGAUCAACAGAACUUUUGUGAACCCAUUGUUCUAUUUUUGGAGGACUUUUCCAGGAUAUCACAGGACCAGGACCAGAAUAACAGCUGGAUGGGUAAGAAUAAUAUCAUUUCUCAUUUUUAUUUCUUUAGUAUUUUGAGCCUAAAUUAGUUCAUUACUAUCCCCCCAAAAGACAUAUGAAUGAAAAAAUGUUGAAAAAUAUACACUGAAAUAGCUGUAUGAAUCCUCCUCAUGGGCAGUGGAGAGUGUGCACAUAUUGUGUGUGGGCAAGCCAGAUUGACCCAUAUGACCAGGGUAACAAUGGCUUGUACAUGUAAGUGUUUGGAUAUAUUAUAAUCAAUCAAUAACUAAAUUGUUAUGAUAGGACUAAAAAAAACAUACAAAAUGUGAAAAUGCUGUAAUACCCAAAAAGUGCUGUAGCAUAGAGGCUAUCACUGUGUAAUAAGCCCAGUAGCAGUCAAGUGGU